UCCCGGAAGUACACAAAAACAAUCCAGGUGAAAGGUUUGUUAACGCUGAAAGUUUAACCGUGGAACGCUUCAUAUGCUUUAACUGAGUUUAUCAGUCAAGAGAAUGUCUUUCUCGGCCUCUUUCGAACCGCAUGUCGCAGCCAUAAUGGAAGCACUGGCCAAAGCAGCGGUGGCCGAAAUAAGUAAGCUGGUGAGUGACGGGACCACCGUCCUGCGGAUGGAGAUCAGCCGAAGGGACAGCGAGAUCCAGGAGCUGAAGGCGAGUUUGAAGGCGCUGGAAGAUGAACUGUGCAAAGCCCAAGAGGCAGGUGCCAGCCGUGAAACACGGGGAAUUCUGGUGCAGACAGCUGAGAAUCACAACUAUAUGAAAGAUGAAGCAGACGACCAGGAAACAUUUGCCGAUUAUCUCCAGCCAAACAAUGAAGACUUUCAGUCUCAGGGUGAAACAGUGCAGAACUGUGACAUGAAGCCAGUGGUGAAAUGUGAACCAGCAGACGAACAUGAAACAACAGCUGGUAAUGCGACGAGCGCAUGGGCCUUCUUUUCUAUGGAGGCAGUGAAGCCUGAUGACUCACUCUGGCGUCCUCCUGGAAGUAGCUUGUUUGAGAAAAACUCUGUUGAGAAGGAGUAUGAAAUGCCACAUCACAGCCAGACUUUCCCCUCUUACCACGACCAUCAUCCUCACAGAAACACAGAAAGGUCCGUCAACUCUCAACCAAUCACAGCAGAGGAAAUUACAAAUAAUUCUGUGCUUGUACCAGUGGAAGUACAGCCUGAGACGUUGUCUGUGUGCUCAGGAAGGACCGCCGCAGUGUCAGUUCAAAUUGAAUGGGUUGGAGAUGCUUCACAGCCGGCGGUCGCUAGUGAUCAGGCCUUGGAGUCUCCUUCACAACCAAAUGCAGAAGAGCUCGUCGUCAGUUGGAACAACAGGAGAGCAAAGACGCCGCAGAGAAUCAAUCAGAGAGACUUUACCUGCUCAGUCUGUGACAAGCGCUUCCUUCGCGCAUUUGACCUGAAUUCUCACAAGGUCACACACCAAUCUGUCAAACCCUUCACGUGCAAAUGUGGAAAGUCUUUCAAACAUAAAAACCGCUUCGAUUCGCACCAAAGAGUGCACACAGGAGAGAAGCCUUUCAGCUGUAAAAUCUGUUCCAUGCAGUUUUCUAGGCAAGACACCUGCCUGAGACACCAGCGGUCCCACAGUGGCCUUAAGCCGCACAGCUGUGGUGUGUGCGGGAAAAGCUUCACUCUUCAGUUUCAGCUCAGAAGACACCAGAAGCUUCACCUUCGAAGAUAGCACCAUUCAACAUGAUAUUAACUAUUUCUGUUCACAUACAGUACAUCUUUGAGCCAUUGUCUCAGAUCUACAUCAGAUGCAGUGACCAUAUUGUGUCGUCAGCAUUGAUGCCAACUUAACAUUUUUGUUGCUAGAAUUGGAAACUUUUCAGACUAUCCUAGCAACUUUUUCGUUUUUUUUUUUUCC